UUAAUCUGCCUAAUGAAGAGAUGAAAACUGGACAAGAGCCGAUAAUGGAUACUCCUGAGUCAAUUGACACUCAUAAUGAUGAUUCCACUCAUUUAAAUAACUUGGAGAUAAAAAACUUAUUAUAUGGAAUUUUCAAUGGUGGAAUAAAUUUAAAAUUUAUGUUAAGCCAAGUAUUGUCAAAAUUGGAAGAUUUGGAACAACUUUUUGUUAAAAUGAAUUUACCAGUAUCCAAAAAUGUAGAUGCACAGUUUUUAGAAAAGUUUCCAAUUAACAGUCCAGAUGAAUUAAAACAUAUAGAAGAAUGUAUAUUAGGGAACGAACUUGACUUUGGGCUUAAACUAGAAAUGUAUAUUAAAACAAUUGGUGGCAGUUCUUUUAAAAAUCAUGUAAUACGUGUUUUGUCAAGAUUUAUCACUGAUGAAUAUGCAACAAAAUGUUCAUGGUCUGGUAGAGGAAAAGGAAAAUUAACUACAAUUCGUGAUACAUGUUUGAUUAAGAUUAUAAGAAGAAUUUUGCAAAAAUGUUAUGAUCCACAAAUAAAUACAGAUUUUGAAUUUGAGAAAAUUGUAGUUGGAUGGCUUAAGUAUAGUGUUUCAAGAUACAAUAAGUCAAAGCCGCAAAAGUUUGAAAAAUAAACACAAUUGUGAACCUAUUUUCGUUCAAAGAUAGUAUUUUCUUUUAAUCUAUGAUUUAAAUACAAUUUCAGUUAUCAAAUUCAAGAUUUUUAUGUUCAGAAUAUUUGUUGAUAUUUAUACAGCACAGUUUUAAAUUACUUUUAUGAAGAUUAAGUUUUUUAUCAGUACAGUUUUAAAGGUUA